AUGGGAGGAAGGAUUCAUGGUUUCUUAGGCGGAGUCUUAUUGACUUCUGCUUUAACUUAUUAUACUGGAGAAUAUUUCCGUAAGAAUCUGCAAUUCGUAUCAACUCACUUGAAAGCUUCAGACAAUAUAAUAAAUAAUAGGAUCCUUUCAGACAGAGAUAUUACAAGAGAAGUUAUUCCAAUCAGUAAUCAGCAUAAUACUACCGCACGUUUGAAUUCAUUUGAAACUUGCAAAGAUAUUUGGAACGAUGAAAUAAUUAAAAUGGUUAAUUGGAUAUAUGGAAUUAAUUGGUACCAAUGGGGAAUUCAAGCUGACAAAACCUUCAAUGAAUUAACAGACAAAGUCGCCGCUUCAGUAGUGGAAAAGAAAUAA